AUGCCGUCGCCGGCAGAGAUCAUAGCUGGGACAAGCUCGUCCAUAGCGAGGCUCGCCGCCUACGCUUUCUUGAGAUGGAUCCCUGGUCACCAUUUCCCUCCGGUCAUCCUGUCUGCCGUGGCUAUUUAUCUGGCCUUCGUCUUUAGCCAGUCUGAAGCUUUCGGUUCGAGCAGACCUGUCGAGUAUGAAGCACCGUCCAAUGCCCUCCAGCGUCCUGAUGGCCAUGACCAGCCAAAGGCACAAGAUUGGACGAAUGAAAGCAAUGAAGAACCCAUCUUAUAUGAGGAGGAGAAGUCAUUGUUCAAGACCUUGAUCUUUGGAAUCCCCAAUUGGCGUAAACGAAGAUUGAGCUACACAACUAUUGGAGUGAACGUCCUGCUAGCCUUGUUCACGGUUGAUUUGGUCUUUCGAGGGCCGCUUCUCCAUCCGGCCAAAGAUCUGAGUUUCACUCGUGUUGGCUACGUCGACUCGACCUCUGCGAAGGUCUUGAUUCGAGAACCUGAUCCGGCUCAGCUUCCGAUGUACGUCUACCUGUCCCCGGCGGACAAGACCAGCUGGACCACCACGGACACGAUCUACUACCUGGGACCGGACACCGACUACACCUACGCACUCAGCUUUGGCGGUCUCCAGCCCUCGAGAAAAUAUAUCUACUCCUUGUCGAAUGACAAAUCCGGUACCUUUGUUACCGCUCCAUCACCGUACUCGGAGGCCGCCAAUUCCCUGACGUUCCUGACGUCUUCCUGUAUCAAGGCCAACUUUCCGUACAGGCCAACGGCCCAUUCUCUUGCGAUCCACGGCUUUGAAUACUUGUCCAAACUUGUCCGUUCGCUACCAUCGCCGGCCUCAUUUAUGCUGUUCCUCGGAGACUUCAUCUACGUCGACGUGCCCCUCCGUCUGUCAUCGUCCCUUGCACAUUAUCGGUCGGAAUAUCGACGCGUCUACGCUUCCCCGUCGUGGUCAUUGCCCGGUCUUGACUCUCUGCCCUGGAUCCACACGCUUGACGACCACGAGAUUGCCAAUGACUGGUCUGGUGGAAACGACACUGAUCCGUUUCCAGCUGCUUCGGACCCCUUCAUCCAUUAUCACGUCUCAGUGAACCCGCCAGUUCCACCGGGCUCUCCGAGCGGGCCGGAAACAAAUACCACCUACUUUGAAUUCUCCAACGGUCCUGCAUCAUUCUUCAUGCUCGAUACGCGGCGAUACCGGACUGACCCCGAACCGCAAUCGACCAGCUCAGCAUCCGCGGGUUCAGGAAAGCCCCUGUACGGUUCGUCUUUGGAAUACUCCCAUCCACCUUCCACGCCCAAAACACACUCAAUGCUCGGUGCCCAACAACUUGACUCGCUCCUCGCAUAUCUCUCCGCACCCGAGCCCCCACACGUCCACUGGAAGAUCAUCGCCACCAGUGUCCCGUUCACGAAGAAUUGGCGAUUUGGCACAUCCGACACCUGGGGUGGAUUUCUCAGGGAACGCUCAAUAAUUCUGCAGGCCAUGCACGAUGCUGAACGCGAACUCGGCGUUAGAGUGGUGAUUCUUUCUGGAGAUCGGCACGAAUUUGCUGCGAUAAGAUACCCACCGCCCGUCCUCUCGCAGGAACCAGGUCAGGGGGGGAAUAUAAUCGACACGUCCGAUGCAGGUGCAGCUGAACCGAUCGCGAAACCUGUCGUGUAUGACACCACCCCCGCCUCCGGUCCUCACGAGUUCUCCGUUGGGCCGUUAUCGAUGUUCUAUCUCCCAUUCCGGACAUUCCGCCAGGUUGACGACCAAGACGUCGCCAUCAAAUACAUUCCCGACGGAAACAGCAAGAUCGGCGUGGUUGAAAUCCGCAACCUGGCUGGUGAUGCGGGGAAUACAGGGCAAAGGAGCGUGCUGAAGUAUACCCUGUAUGUAAAUGGAGAGGUGAGCUGGGAAUAUAUGCUCGCGAGUCCGAGUCCGGGCUCGACACAGGCCGCGGGAGGACGUGGCUGGGACAGGAGGAGGACUCGGGGUGGUGAGGCUACCGGUGUGACAGGAUGGCUACAGAGAUUGGGUCUGCGUGGCGGUCCUGGCCGGGGACAGUCAUUAUGGGAUUGA